AUGACAAUUGAGGGGCAGCAAGGGUCAAGGUUGAAGUAUAAAUGCCUUCCCGGACCGGCACGAUUUCCGAGCGUACGAGAGUUGGGUACGAGAGCACGUGUGCGUUUGUUAUGGUGCAGAGUGAAGGGAUCGGGAGAGCGAAGGGGCAGUGCCAUUGAAAGGGAGCCUCCUACAAUGGCUCAGAAGGAGGCCGAGGAGGAGAUUUUCAUCAAAUAUGAGCCAGACGUGGAUGGCAUGGGGAGCCAAGAGGCCAGGGAUCACGGGGAGUUAAAGUAUAAGCCUUUCCUCCCCGUGUUUGUAGUGGCGACGGGGGAGGAGGUGGAGGACGAGGAGCAGGACAUCCCGGAGGAGGCGUCCUGGCACCGUCAACGCCCCCUUCAGGAGGAUGCUGGGCAGACACGCGUCCUGCAGGAUGAGAAUGCUGGGUAUAUCCAGCACACAAUCCGAGAGAAUGAGAUAGUAAUGCACAUACACCCAGGAGAGUCGGGAAUGCAAAUGCCAGAGGAACCUAGCCAUGCCACACUGACUAUUCAAGCUACUGAUCCUGCCACCAAGACUGUCACAACUCGCAGGUUUAACUGUGCUUACGAAGGAUGUUCUCGGACAUACAGUACACCAGGAAACUUGCGCACACAUAUGAAAACACACAGAGGAGAGUACAGAUUCCAGUGUAGAGAAACAGGUUGUGGCAAAGCUUUUCUCACUUCCUAUUCACUGAAGAUUCAUCUGAGAGUUCAUGCGCAACAGAAACCAUACACUUGUGAGAAUGAUGGCUGCCAAAAGUCUUUUACUACACUCUACAGACUGCGUGCACACCAAAGACUGCACAAUGGGGACACCUUUAACUGUAACCGUGAUGGAUGUGUACGCAUCUUCACCACACUCUCAGACUUGCGGAAACAUGUCCGUACUCACACAGGGGAAAAGCCUUUCAAGUGUGAGGAAGAUGGAUGUGGGAAGUCAUUCACCGUGAGUCACCACCUAAGAACACACAAGAGAAUACAUACUGGAGAACGGCCAUACUUAUGUAUAGAGGAGGACUGCAGGAAGGCCUUAUUCCCGCAAGAGUCA